AAAUCUACAUUGCAGGGGAGGUUACCGACGCGAAGAGUUUUUGUAGAGAGUGUUAGAAAUAAGGUCAAAUUAAUGAAUUUGGCAUGGUUGCAGCUUCGCCAUGUGUUGUGUAAACCACGUUGUACUGUUACCGUGACAUUUCGUACUGCGGCUGUAAAACGAAAAUUUAGAAUGUCGCAGGACAUCGGUGACAAUAAAAACAAAGUUUACAAGGUCGUACUAACAGGAGGGCCAUGUGGAGGCAAGACGACGGGUCAGACAAGGCUGUGCACAUUCUUUGAGACGCUUGGUUGGAAGGUGUACAGGGCACAGGAGACAGCACUGGUCCUCAUGAGUGGGGGUGUAAAGUUUACAGAGUUGUCAAAAGAUGAAGCUUACAAGUUCCAAGAGAACCUGAUCAAGAGCAUGAUGCAAAUUGAGAACACGUACUUUGACCUUGCACAUUCGUGUCAGAAGAACUGUCUGGUAAUCUGUGACAGAGGCAUUAUGGAUGGCUCAGCGUAUUUAGACCCUGGGGACUGGGAGAAGAUGCGUAGAGAAAACAAUUGGAACGAGGUGGAUAUCCGUGACAACCGGUAUAACCAGGUGAUACACAUGGUGUCCGCUGCGCUUGGGGCUGAGGAGUUCUACACAUGUGCUGGGCACAAGACCCGGCAUGAAGACAUCGACUUUGCAAAAACACUUGACAAAAUUACCGCACAGGCCUGGGUAGGGCACCCAUACUAUGAUGUAAUUGACAACAGCACAGACUUUGAGGAGAAAAUCAUCCGACUUAUCAACGUUGUAUGCAAGCGGCUUGGCAUUGACACCGGGGACCGUCUGCACUCCAACACAAGGAAACGCAAGUUCCUUGUACGCAGCAUGCCAGAGGAAUCCAAGUUCCCUGCAUUCCAAGAUUUCACAGUUAUCCAUGAUUACCUUGUGACGCCAAGCCGAAAGAUGCAGGCAAGGCUUCGUAAGAGAGGGCAGGGAGGUACUUGGACAUACACCCACACAAUACGGCGACCAGAGAUCAACAAACAAAGCGUCGAGUUGCGUAUGGCCAUCAACAGCAAGGAUUAUACGCUUUUGUUGAACCAGCGUGAUGAGCAGCAUGAAAGUGUCACAAAGCAGCGACGGUGCUUUCUCUGGCAGAACCAGUACUAUCAGAUGGAUGUCUAUAUGGAGCCACAAUCAGACAAAUGUCAGGGUCUUAUCUUGCUGGAGACAUACACAACCAAGUCGUCUGAUGAGAUAGCGCUGCCCGACUUUCUGGACAUCGUUUCAGAGGUCACAGACGACCCAAAGUUUUCUAUGUGGAACCUCUCUGUGAAGGAUGACCUGCCAAACUCACCCAGCAAGGCCAAGGAUCUGUGCUCAACCGAGGGCUGCAGUGAUAUCUCAACUGACAUUAUGGAUAAUCAUUGAUAUACUGUAACAUCGGUUAGAUUCUUUGGGAUGAAUUUAGUGGUUUUAAAAAGACUCGUGGACUGAACAUUUGUUGAUUUCAGAAUUUAAAAACAAAUGGGAAUUUGCAUUUGUGAUUUUCCCCAUGUGUUUUUGUUGACUCUGUGGAUCAGCUAAACCACAAAUAAUUAAAAAUCAAUGGCCCACGAAUAAAAAUGAAUUUACAGUAUAUGUGUUGCAUGUCUGUUUUAAGUAAUUGACCUCAUUUAAUGUAUAAGCAUAAUACUUAAUGUAUAAGCAUAAUACUGGGGCAACAUUUCUCAGGAAGUUGCCAAUAAGUGUUAUUAUUCUGAGUGUUGUGUUUAGAAAGGCAGCAUUUGAAGCUUAGUGAACCCAGAUAUAGGGUAUAUUAUGUCCUGGGUGUUAUAUAGGGUAUAUUAUGUCCUGGGUGUGAUAUAGGGUAUAUUAUGUCCUGGGUGUGAUAUAGGGUAUAUUAUGUCCUGGGUGUGAUGUGCAAAAUGUCACUGAGCCUUGAUAUGGGUAAACAAGGCCUGAAUGCAUAUUUUGGGGAGCAUAUAGUUGCCAUAUUGUCCUUCAGUACUUCCUUCCUUCCGUCACUUUUUUGUACAGUUUCUCAUAGCGCCUUCAAUAUCUUACCGAUCUCUUACAUAUUUGGUAUGUAGGUUCCUUGCAUGGACCUCUACCUUUUGAUAAGGUCACUGGGGUUAAGCUCACCCAGGCUAAUAAUAGAUUUUCCAUCACACUUAUAUUAGUUUCUCAUAGCGCCUUCAAUAUUUCAACCGAUAUUUUACAUAUUUGGCAUGUAGGUACCUUGCAUGGACCUCUACCUUUUGAUGAGGUUCGAGGUCACUGGGGUCAAGGUCACCGAGGCUAAUAAUAGAUUUUCUCAAGGUCAAACAAGGGGAGCAUCCAUCGUUUUCAACGAUACUUGUGUUGCACAUUAGCUAGUGCAGUCCGGUGUAAACAAAAUUGACAAUUGUGAAUUUGCGUCGUCUCAUAGAAUUAUGAACAAUACUCUUUUGAGUAUGUUCUGUUUUACAUACCUAAAAUUUACUUCUGGUAAUAUGACAUGAUAUUGAUGCAUUCAUUUAUCAAACAUGCAUGCUUUUAUAUAUUAAGUUAUAAUAUUAACAUUACUAUUUACGAGACUUAAUAGUGUUCGAUGUCUUGAAUAACCUGUACAAUUUCUAAGUCACUGUGUUCUGCAUUUAAAAUGUGUAUUGAUACUAAAGAUGUGAAUGUGUUCCUAUAAUAAAUAUAAUUCUCCCUUUGACAAAUAUACAUGUAUGCUCCUAAAUCCAUUUUGAUUUGUUUAAAGUUGUGUUCAGAUUUUUAUGUGUGCUACAUUAUGUUUUCAUUGUGUCGUGAGGCUACAUUUUAUUACAUUAAAUAGUUUUACUACUGGA